GACCUACUCGGGCCCUUUCCGCACCAUCACGGUGCGGGACACCAUGUCCGACCUGCCUGAGGUCAGGAACGGCGCCUCCGCCUUGGAGAUCUCCUACAACGGCGAGCCCCAGUCCUGGUUCCAGCGGCAGAUCCGGGGUUCCCAGUACCAACCCAUCCUCAGGGACCACAUCUGCAAGGACAUGAGCGCCCUGGUGGCGGCCCGGAUGAGACACAUCCCCUUGGCUCCCGGUUCGGACUGGCGCGAUCUGCCCAACAUCGAGGUGCGGCUGUCGGACGGCACCACCACGCGUAAGCUGCGCUACACCCACCACGAGAAGAAAAACGGCCGCAGCAGCUCCGGGGCCUUGCGGGGGGUCUGCUCCUGUGCCGAAGGAAAGCCCUGCGACCCCGCGGACCGGCAGUUCAACACCCUCAUCCCUUGGUGCCUGCCCCACACCGGCAACCGGCACAACCACUGGGCCGGGCUGUACGGCCGCUUGGAGUGGGACGGCUUCUUCAGUCUGGGGGUCCUGGUUUAG